GCCAAAAUUGAGUUGUUUAGAAAAAUGCGGUGAUGUCGCCGCCAGAGAUUUGGCUUCUACAAAAGCCCAAGUCGCUCUCUCUCAGUAAAUCUGAAAGCAAGCAAUUAUCGAAUGCUAUUUUAUGGAAAAGAACUGCUCGAAAACGAUAAUCCUUGUCAUUGUCGCACACUCUUUUCCUUCAUAAUAUAUAAAUAUGCGAUUUGGACCGACAUUGGCUUCUUCCAUUUUCGUUGGCUUUCGGCUUCAAUCUCAAUCAGACCCACGUCGGGAUUUGGGGAUUAAUCUUCUGCGCCGGGAACCAUGGAAGGCGGAGUGAAAUUGACCAAAUGGGGUUAUCAAAUUAGAACAUCAUCCGACGCUUGCAUCUCCGCCAUUAAUGCGUUCUAUGAUCAGGUGCUUAGUUACGGGAGGAAGAGGUCUGUGAUUCUGGACGCUACUGUCCAUGACAAAGACUGUGUGCUUGCAAAUGUUUUGGCUGUUCAUUUUCUUUCAUCCUCAGAUCCUUCGCGAGUUCAUCAUCAUCUCCAAGCAGCCAAGGCCGGUCUGGAUCGUGCGACCCCAUAUGAGAAAGCCGUUUUCGAUGCUAUCAGUUGUUUAAUGUCCAAUAACAGAGACGAUAAUGUUGCCGUUGAGCUGCAUAGUGAGCUGCUUAAAAAGUUCCCAAAGGAUCUAUUGUCUUUGAAAAGGGCUCAACUGCUAUGCUUUUACAUGGGAAAUGCUGAUCUAUCUUUAGCUUUGGUUCAACAGGUUUUACCCCAAAAUCAAGAAGAAGGUUUCAUUUAUGGCAUGCUUGCUUUUUCUUUGUUGGAACUUGGCUACAUGGAAGAAGCUGAAAAGGCUGCAAGAAGAGGACUUGAUAUCAACAAGAAAGAUGGUUGGGCACAGCAUGCGUUAUGCCAUGUUCUUCAAUAUCGGUGUCAUUUUAAAGAAGCGGUUGAGUUUAUGGAAGCAUGCUCGCCUUCAUGGAGUGACUGUUUAUCCUUCAUGGUGACACAUAAUUGGUGGCAUGUGGCUCUGUGUUACCUGGAAGCCAAUUCUCGGUUGAGUAGAAUCCUUGAAAUAUAUGACAACUAUAUAUGGAAGGAGUUGGAAAAACCCGAUGCUAUGGGACCAGAUGUAUACUUGAAUGCCCUUGGUUUGAUGUUGCGGUUGUUUGUGCGUGGUGAAUAUGAUCCAUGUGAGGGUCGUCUGAAGAUCUUGGCCAAAGUUUUAACUGAUAAAGCUAACUGGCAUCUAGAGUGGCACUUUGACGUACUGACGUCAUGGGCUUUGGCUAAGGCUGGACAGAUUUUUGCAGCAGAAGAGUUACUUGGGAGCUUGAAGUCCCGGUCAUGCAGCAUUCUCUUAUUAGUUAGUUAUUUACAUGUGUGUGGCUUUAUGGCUCAAUAUUAUCUGUUGUUUUUGCGUAGAUUGUUGAAAAUGACACCAAAGAGACGAGAAAAGAUGCAAAGAGGAAUGCUGCUUGCAGAAGCUCUCUACAAGUACGGGAGAGGAGAUUACGAAUGUGCAUUAGACUUGCUUGGUCUGGAUUUUGAUGCAAAUGACUACAAGAUGAUUGGUGCAUCAAACGAACAACUUGACGUAUUUAAUGAAGUCUGGUAUGAUAUUUUGAUGAACACAGGACACGCUGCAAAGGCGAUCGAAGUAAUUGAGAAACAGAUCAAGAAAAGAGAAAAAGUUCCAUAUCUGUGGCGCCUUCUGGAGAGAGGGUUCGGCAAAAUUGGAAGGCCGGAGGAAGCUGCCAUUGCCAGAGACAAAGCCAGGAGCUUGGAGAAGGCACAUUUCAAGUAAAACCCAUGAAGUUGCAAGUCUUCAUGAUCUUGUAUUGUAUGAAAGAUGAUGUGUGUUUCUUUGGACAACAUAUUUAACCCACGUAUGUUACAGAUUACUGCCUGUGUAAUCUGCUGUGUAAAUAUGUCUCGAACAAGACAGAACUUUCCUUUUCCACGUCAAACCAGUGGUUUUGAAGAAUAAGGACGAGGAAAAGGGAUGGGAUUCGGCCAUGUAAUUUAUCUCUAAAAGUGGAAUUAUAAAAUUGGUCAAAGAACACUUUGAUCCCUCAACCGUUAAGGAGUAAUAAUUUAAUUCUUGAACUCUUCAGUCGGUAGUCAUCUAGGCCAUGUAUCAAAUUACGAUGAAAAUUGGUGUAGUCGAAUUGAAAUUUUAUUGAUGA